UUCCGUGUAUAUUUCCCGGUAACGGCCAACUCUGGGAAACGACCCCCCCCCCACACGAUCCACUUCUUCCCCUCAGAUCAUUCAAUGGCACUGGCUCUCGCACUGGCUCCCUCUAUUGCACAGCGAAUAGUUGGAGGUGCUAGUUUGAACUGAAUAAUGCCGACAUUUACCCGCUGGGUUGCUUGGUAUGAGGGCACUGAACAGCCGCGAGACGAGGCACGCAAACGGUCUCCAAAGAGGGCAGCACGGCUACAAAAAGGCCCACCGAGGCAUCUGAUGGGAGACUUUUGAACAUGCCUAGAAACCUGAAGUAACUUGUCAAUAUGAAGGUUCUCUCGGCCUUAGCCCAAGCAGCUCUGGUGCACGGCACCGUGUGCCUUGCGGGUUAUACCAAUGAAUCUGAGGUACCCUACUAUGGCCGAAGUCCCGCUGUGUAUCCCUCGCCUGUUGGCAACAGGUCAACAAGCACCGCCUGGGAAGACGCCUACCGACAGGCGCGGAGCAUAGUGUCACAACUCACCGUAGAGGAGAAAGUUAAUCUGACUCGGGGCCAUGACGGACAGUGUGUGGGGAAUAGUGGCGCCAUUCCGCGACUGUCGAUCCCUUCGCUUUGCUUCUCCGAUGCUCCUGAUGGUCUGCGUGGUCAAGAAUUCGUCUCUGCGUUCCCAGCUGGCAUUCACGUGGCUGCGACGUGGGAUCGCUCGCUCAUGCACCAAUAUGGCAAUGCUAUUGGUGAGGAGUAUCACGACAAGGGCGUCCAUGUAGCCCUGGGCCCGGUGGCCGGGCCACUAGGGAGAAUAGCUCGCGGUGGAAGAAAUUUUGAAGGGUUGAGCGCGGACCCGUACUUAGCAGGAGCUGGGAUGGGUGAGAUCACAAAGGGAAUUCAAGAGGCUGGCGUGAUUGCCACCGCGAAACAUUGGCUUCUGAACGAAGAGGAAUGGCGACGGAACCCUGGAGAUAUGGGCGAGGCAUUGAGCUCGAAUGUUGAUGACCGCACAUUGCACGAGCUGUAUGCUUUCCCCUUUAUGGACAGCAUGAGGGAGGGCGUCGGCAGCGUGAUGUGCUCGUAUCAACGGGCCAAUCAUUCCUAUGGAUGUCAGAAUUCAAAGCUUCUUAACGGUGUGCUGAAAACGGAAUUGGGCUUUGAAGGGUUCGUGGUGAGUGACUGGGAGGCCCAGCACGCUGGUGUCGCGUCUGCCAAUGCUGGCCUGGACAUCGUCAUGCCUGACGGUGGUUUCUGGGGCAAUAAUCUGACUCGUGCCGUCAAAAACGGAAGCGUCAGCUCCGACCGAUUGGACGAUAUGGUCACUCGAAUUCUGGCCGCGUGGUACUUGACGGGACAGGACGAGGGAUUCCCUUCCCCUGGAAUCUAUUCCGAGGCCGACAAGCAUGAUCCCAUCAAUGUGCAGCGAGAUCACGCCGAUCUUAUCCAAGAGAUUGGGUCUGCCGGCACCGUGCUGGUCAAGAAUGUCAACAACACACUUCCCUUUACAAAGUCGACCAAGUUUCUCAGUGUCUACGGCUAUGAUGCCACUGUAAGCGCUUCCCCAUGGAGUAACCCCUCCCGGUAUGGAGGAGGCUACGAGGUGAACUUUGGCUGGACUACAUUCAACGGCACACUUGUCACUGGAGGGGGCUCUGGUGGCAGCACCCCCCCUUAUGUUGUCAGCCCAUUUCAAGCCCUACAGGAGCGCACCGCUAAGAAUCGCGGAACGUUGCGCUGGGACUUCUACUCCCAGAACCCCUCGCCCGCGUAUGUGAAUAGCGAUGCCUGUCUUGUGUUUAUCAAUGCAUACGCUUCUGAGGCAUUCGACCGGACCACCCUUGCGGAUGAUUUCAGUGACAGCCUUGUGAAGAAUGUUGCAACGAAUUGCACCAAUACCAUUGUGGUUGUUCACUCUGCUGGCAUCCGGACUGUCGAUGCCUGGAUCGACCAUCCUAAUGUCACCGCUGUGCUUUUCGCCGGUGUUCCCGGCCAGGAGAGUGGCCACUCGCUCGCUGAUAUCCUUUAUGGCGACAUCAACCCCUCUGGAAGACUACCCUACACCGUGGCGAAGAGCGAGUCUGACUAUGGCUCUCUUCUAAACUCGACCGUUAGCUUCGACGCCUUUCCGGAGGUGAAUUUCACCGAGGGUCUAUAUAUCGACUAUCGCGCGUUCGAUCGCAAGGAGAUCACCCCUCGCUUCGAAUUCGGCUUCGGUCUCUCCUAUACAACCUUCACGUACUCAGAUCUGCGCGUCAAAUCUGCCGGCAACAGCACAUCCGCUCUCGUCAAUCCCAGCAUCACGAUUGUCCAAGGCGGACACCCAGAGCUCUGGGAUACAUUAUUCGAGGUGACCACUUCGAUCACCAACACGGGGGAUGUGGCUGGCUCAGACGUUCCGCAGCUCUAUGUUAGCAUCCCGAACGCGCCGGUCCGCCAGCUUCGCGGCUUCGAAAGAGUGCAGCUGAAGCCCAAGGAGACCAAGACCGUCACUUUCCCCCUGACACGUCGGGAUCUCAGCAUCUGGGAUGUCGUUGCACAGCAGUGGCGCCUUCAGGCGGCUGACUAUAAUGUGUUUGUUGGCGCCAGUAGCCGCAUCUUGCACCUGAAUGGAUCACUGACGGUCGAGUGAGGUUAAUACCUAACAUACAGGGGUGAUCUCGCUGGAAUCGUUGGUCUAAUCGGGAUGGACGGUGGAAUGGGCUAUUGCUGAGUAUGGCAAGAUCUGGAGCUCGAGGGAAGCCAGUAGUGGUCAUGAUUUAUAGAAUUCACCUUUAAACAAAGUAAUCAAGAGCUGGCUUCCAUUCCCUCCCUCAUCCAGACUUCGAGCGGCUAUAGAGGGCAAUAACAAGGAUCUAUUCCUGAAGAUUAUAGAUGAUGAAGGGAAGCAUGGGCAGUUUGGCUGGUAGGCCGCGGACUCUCGUCGUCCUGCUCUAGAUAAACUUCUAACGCGCUGGAACAUCGAACCACCUGGAAUACCUCUAGACACUUACAAGAGGCUAAUUAGCUAUAAAGAG